UUUCAAGGACUAUUGUGAAUAGAGAACCAAUGGCUUCCCCAAUGAGGAAAAGCAAUGCUACUAGAGCCGGACAAUAUCCGUCGUGUAACGGGAUUGUUCGACGUAUGGUAAGCCUUCCCCGGAGCAUUUUUGGCGGGUUUUCAAGAGCCAUGGGACAUGGCAUAGACCUCAUGGGAAUAGGAGGAAGAAGGGCUACUCCAACUCUAUCACCAAGCUUUCAACUCCCACUUCCACAAGAGUGGGACUUCCUCGAAAACUUCGAGCGGCAAUUCGGUUCAACUCAUCCAUUCUUCUAUGCCUGCCAUUUCAUGGAGGCCCUUAAGAUAGCACAAGAUGAGAACAAGUUUUUAUUCAUGUAUCUUCACUCACCAGAGCACCCCUUUACUCCUUCCUUCUGUAGGGAAACACUUUGUUCAGAACUGGCAGUGCAAUAUCUUGAUGCAAACUUUGUUUGCUGGGGAGCUCUUGCCAGUGGAGGGGAAGGUCAGCAAAUGGCUGCAAUAUUCAGGCCUGCUAGCUUCCCUUUCUGUGCUGUAAUAGCUCCUUCUAUUGGUGAUAACAUGGCACUACUUCAACAGAUCGAAGGGCCAAUUUCCCCGGCUGAGCUGGUGGAGAUUCUGCAGAGAACAUUGGAGGAGCAAGGGGCGGCGUUCGGUAGUUCAAGAGCGAAGGAGGCAGAAAAGAUACGAGCAGAUCGUCGGCUAAGAGAGGAGCAAGAUGCGGCAUAUCUUGCAGCUCUACAGAUUGACAAGGAAAAGGAAAGGCUCGAGAAAUUAUCUUCAAAAGAGAGUGUUCAGAAACCAGCAGAAGCUCCAAUUAAAGCAAAUUAUGAGAAGUUCAGAAAUAAUCCCAGUGGUCGAGUGAUAAAGUCUUCCACUAUAAGAGAAACUCCGCACAAAGAAACUGCAAACAAAGUGAAGGAUUCCCAGGCCACCCAGAUACUAAUAAGGUUUCCAAAUGGGGAAAGAAGAGAGCAGAGCUUUUCAAGCACAGAAAAAAUCCAGGCAAUUUACAGAUUCAUUGAUUCACUAGCACUUCCUGGUAUUGGGAACUACAGACUUGUAUCAAGCUUCCCAAGAAGAGUAUAUGGAGUUGACCAAAUGGGGCAGACUCUCAAGGAUGCUGGUCUGCAUCCUAGAGCAAGUUUGUUCCUUGAAAUUGUUUUACAAAAUUUGAUUUCAUAACAUGUGUA